AUGAAAGAAAUCUUCAUCGCCUUCGACAUCUACGGCACCCUCCUCUCCUUCGACGCAGCGACUGAGGAACUGGCGCAAUACCUUGGAGCGGAGCGCGCCCGCGACAUCGCCCAAUUAUGGCGUCGCUACCAGCUGGAAUAUACCUGGAGGUUGAAUAGCAUGGACAAAUACAUCCCCUUCAACACAAUCACCACCUCCUCCCUCCACGCCGCCCUAACCACAACCGUCACGACCCUUACCCCCUCGCAAACCACCGCCGUCCUCGCAGCCUACGACCGCCUGCAGCCCUUCCCAGACGUUUCCGAGGCGCUCGACCGCCUCACCCACACCCCGACACUAACGCCACUGGUCUUCUCGAACGGGACGGUCGAGAUGAUCAAGGCGUGUAUCAGCCAUGUCCAUGACGCUGUUUCUUCUCUCCAGACGAUGGAGAUAACCAGUGUGGAUGAUGAGGGGGUGAAACGGUAUAAGCCUGCACCGGUUGCUUAUGGGUAUUUGAAGGAGAGGGUCAAUUCAUUAGCCAGGAGUAAGGCUAGCAGUGGGGACACUGGCACUGACACUGGCACUGGCACUGGCACCCACGAAAUCUGGCUCAUCAGCGCCAACCCCUUCGACAUCACCGGCGCCGCCAGCGCAGGAGGCAUCAAGACUCUCUGGGUAGACCGGGAGAAGACUGGAUGGACGGACAGGGCGGUCCCUGACAUUCAGCCAACCAGGGUGGUGCACCAACUCAAGGAGUGUGUGGAUGUGAUUUUGGACUACUAUCGCCAGGAAUAACACCACAACCACCACGACUGAGAGUACGUAAAAAAAGAAAAAAAAAAUACUGUUACUUUUUUACACAAAAUCCCCCUGCGCGCUUUGUGCGCCAUAAGAGAAAAUUUCAGUAGAAAUUUGAAAGGUUGUGGGAUGUCCCGCUGUUUGUAUUUCCAGACGCUCCACCCAAUAAGAGAAAAGAAGAGUCCGGGGUAAGUCAGCAGAGGUUGCUCUGACCUCCCAUUUCCCCUUCAAGAACCCAUGGAGAGAGGAUGCUCGAAGUGAAUAGGGAGGAGUGA